CGCAGGCCAGGCUACAGAUCUCGCCUUCUCACCACGACGACGAUCACCAUUCUCCGCUCCAUCCGCCUCUCUUCGUCAUGUCCAAUGCAAAGAAGGAGGGCAUGAUUUUUAAGGCCACCUACAGUGGUGUGCCAGUGUAUGAAUGCAUCAUCAAAGGGGUCGCUGUUAUGAGGCGCCGAGCCGAUGGAUGGAUCAAUGCUACCCACAUCCUCAAGGUCGUAGGCCUCGACAAGCCUCAGCGAACGCGCGUCCUUGAGCGAGAUGUGCAGAAGGGAACGCACGAGAAGGUGCAGGGUGGAUACGGAAAGUAUCAAGGCACCUGGAUCCCAUUGAACCAGGCAAUCGACCUCGCCAAGGCCUACAAUGUGCAAGACCUCUUCCAGCCCCUCACCUCCUACGUCCCUUCAGGCGAGUCCCCGCCUCCCGCACCCAAGCACGUCGUCGCUGUAGCCAAUCGCUCCAAGAAGAAUGCCGCCGCCGCACCUGCCGCCGUCGAGCGAACGCGCAGGGACAGCCUCGACUCGGAGUCGAUGGCCUCAGGAUUGCGCGAGGUUUCAGAGGGCAGCAUCAGCCCCGCUCCGUCCGACGCUAGUAGCUCGUCGAGGACGCCCAGCCCCAUCGUAGCUCAUCGCGGCCAGGUGCCUGACGUCUUCGAUGACCGCGGCCUUAAUGGGUAUGGCGAGCCCUACGGUGGGGCGGGCGAUCUCUACGGGCGUGGUGACCACAUGGCACGAGAUGCAAUGAGUCGCUAUGCUGAGGUCAUCUUGGACUACUUUAUUUCCGAGAGCACAACGAUCCCCUCUCUGCUCAUCAACCCACCAGCCGACUUUGACGCCAACAUGAGCAUCGACGAUGAUGAGCACACGGCUCUCCACUGGGCUUGCGCCAUGGGUCGUGUCCGGGUUGUCAAGCUUCUCCUCUCUGCUGGCGCCGACGUCUUUCGCGUCAACCUGAAUGGUCAGACCGCACUUAUGAGGGCGGCCAUGUUCUCUAACAACUAUGACCUCCGCAAAUUCCCCGAACUUUUCGAGCUUCUCCACCGCAGUAUCCUCAACAUCGACCGCAAUGACCGCACCGUUUUCCACCACGUCGUCGACCUAGCCCUGUCCCGCGGCAAAGCGAACGCCGCCCGCUACUACAUGGAGACGAUGAUCAACCGCUUGGCAGAGUAUGGUUCCCAGCUCGCGGACAUUCUCAACUUCCGUGACGACGAAGGCGAGACUCCGCUAACCAUGUCCGCCCGCGCGAGGAGCAAGCGCCUGACCCGCCUGCUGCUGGAGCAUGGCGCUGACCCGAAGUUGCGCAACAAGGAGGGAAAGAAUGCAGAGGACUACAUCGUGGAGGACGAGCGAUUUCGUGCUAGCCCAACGAGGGGCGUCAAUGGUAGCGGCCCCAGUGGGAGCGGCACAGGCGCCGGCGCAGCGAAGAUGCACACCAGUGAGGCAGGGCAACGAGCAGGCGGGCGUGCCGUGGCCUUGAUGACCAGCCUGCUGCACAGCCUUGCUGACAGCUACGACGCCGAAGUGAUCAACUACGAGAAGCGUCUCGAGCAAGCCAGUGGGCUGCUCGUGCAGAUCCAGGCAGAAAUCGCAGAGUCUACGCGCUCACUCGAGGGCCUGGAUGGCCAGAUUGCUUCGGGCGAGGCAGAACAGAAGACGCUGACCGACCUGGAGAAGUCGCUAAGGGCAGGAGUUCACAAGCGAUCCCGUGAGGAAGUCGAGGACGACUGGAAAAUCGUGCAGGAGAGCGUCAAGCGAGCAAGGACGGAGCAGAAGUUGGGCGAAGGAGAGCUCAGCAGCAAGCAAGCUCCUAGCGGCUCAUCGUCCACGGAUGCCGCAACUCUUCUCGCCCCUCCAGCGGGCGGCGACGGCAAGGCUGAGCUUGGUCGCCUGCGUGAGCAGGUCACUAAGCUAAAGAAGGAACGCAACGCCCUCGUCGAACAAUUUGUGACCACUGCCCGCGAGCAAGGGACGGGCAAGACGAUGGCUGCGUACAGAAGGCUGAUUGCCGCCGGCGUCGGGGACAUUGCGCAGGACCAGGUGGACGUAGUCGUGAGUGCAUUGUGCGACUUGCUGGAGGAGGAAAAGGGCGCGAACACUGCCAAUACCAACGGGAGUGGAGCAGGUGCGCAGGCAGCGGAGGCGAGCGCCGGUGGGAAUGCGACUGCCUGAGGACGGGGCCAGCGACCAAAACACCAACAUAUCCUUGCUCAUCCUCGUUCCUCGGUGUCUCAUCUGAGCCAAAGUUUUCGUAGCCCGCUGUAUCAAUGUCGAGACUGUCACGUAUUUGCUAGGCGGGACGUUUCAAGACGACGUCGGGAUCAUUACAGCGAUCUCGGAAGCUCGGAGCUAUCCUGGAGUCGUACGUAGCCCGUGGAUUGCUCUUCUUCCCGCUGCUGGCUGCUGCUGCC